AUGUCAAGCGGAACACAGAUAUCGGCGGUCAUCGGGGCAGCUUCGUCACCCAUAUCUAUUAGUGUAGCGAAUGUCUUCGGUGUAGACGACACCCCUCAGAUCAGCUACUCGUCCACGAGUGUUCUUCUUAGCGAUAAGACAGUGUAUCCCUCGUUUUUUAGAACGAUACCGUCGGAUACGUACCAAGCCCAAGCCUUAGCUGAUUUGUUGAAACAUUUCGGUUGGACCUACGUGUCUAUAGUGGCCUCGGAUAAUGCGUAUGGCCGUGCUGGCGUCGAUUCUCUGCGAACCGAGCUAAAAAAGCGGGAAAUCUGCAUAGCAUUAGAAGAGAUUUUUAAUCCUUCGCUCUCGCAGCAGGAGCUUCGGCAUAUUAUUGAAUUGUUAAAGAACGAACAGAAAGCCAAAGUGAUCAUUUUGUGGUGUGAAAGACCAAACGCGGUAGGAUUCUUAAAUGAAGCUUCGCGCCAGAAGCUAGGUGGUAAAACUUGGAUCGGAACCGAGACCUGGGGGGACGCAUAUCAGCUCAAAACGCUUGACGAGAACGUUGUUGGAGGAAUGCUCGGCGUUCUUCCUCUGUUGAAACGGCAUGAAGAUUACGAGGAGCACUUAAGUCGCCUUCAGCCAAACAACACUGAUUACAAUCCUUGGAUGUGGGAGUAUUGGACUGACAAGUUUGACUGUUUUACUCACGAUGCAGAUCAUUCCAACGCUAUUCCGGUAUCCAAUCUCCAAGGUCUGGAAGAAAUGUAUUACGUUUACACGACUAAGCGACCAAAUGUGACCCUGCUAUGUCCGAAAACAUCGUCGGCUAAGCCACCAAGCGCAGAUUUAUUGCCUCGCAACAAGUACACCAAUGUCAUGGAUGCAGUGUACGCAGUUGCUCAUGCAGUGAAAAACAUCGUUGAUUGCAAAGAUGUAAAAAACCUCCUGAAGAGUGAAAAAUGUCCUGCUAUUGUCGACUCUUUAAUAAAACCUAUCGAUAUCGUGCAGUUUUUGAAGAAUGUGUCGUUCCACGGUAGGUCUGGGUCUCAAAUCAUGUUCGACAACAAUGGCGAUCUCCGCUUUGGAUCAUACGCGAUAAAGAACCUUCAACAAAUCAAUGACCAGGAGAUGGAUUUCAAACAGAUCGGUAUUUGGAACGGCCAGGAUGGAAAACUUCUAGUGUAUAAUGAUUCUGUGAUCACAUGGAAUGGGUGGACGUCAGAAAGACCCAAGUCUGUUUGUGCCGACCCUUGUACUCCCGGAUAUUACCAGGUCAAGGGAAGUGUCGCAUGUUGCUGGAAAUGCGUCAAGUGCGAGAAAGGGUUCUGUAAAACCCACGACUGGUCCAGAACCUUGCAGAAAAUGCAGUGAGGGGUAUGCAUCGAACAUUCAACGAACAAGCUGUGUGAAAUUAAAAUCCGAUUACCUUGCAUGGGGAAAUGCAGAGGGUGUCAGCGCCACUUUGCUUGCUACUUUAGGACUGAUUAUAUCUAACUGCGUCCUCGCCGUCUUCUACAAAUAUCGUGACACAGCAGUUGUGAAAGCGUCCAAUCGAGAACUUUCGUUUGUACACUUGGCGUGCAUUGUAGCUAUUUUCGUGCAUCCGUUCUUGAUGAUGGGAAAGCCUACAGUUGGGGGAUGCACUGUACUGCCGCUAUUCUUCGGAAUUCCCUUUACCCUUUGUACUUCCAUCAUGUUGCUCAAAACUGAUCGGCUCCUACGUAUAUUUAAAGCAAGAUCACGGCUGACCGCCGGAGGCAGUUAUCUUAUUAGCAACAAGAUGCAGGCCAUCGUUGCGUUGGUAAUGACGUUGGUACCUGUUACUCUGACAACAAUCUGGUUCGUAGUCCAUCCGCCUGAAGUAGUCAUCAAAGUAGAUAACGCCAGAGAAGGCUGGCAAAUAGUAAGCUGUGGAACAUCAAACGAGCUUCUUAACAUUGUUAUUUUAGGAUAUGUGUUGGUUAUAGCGUUAUUGUGUACGUACUUUGCUUUUAAAGCCAGAAAGCUCCCCGAAAACUUCAACGAGGCCAAGUUCAUUUGUUUUGCUAUGUUCGCCUUCUGUGUUUUCUGGCUGAGUUUCUUCCCAGCGUUCUACGAUAGUGUAGGCUCCACGCGUAACUUUUUGUUCUGUCUGGCGGUGCUUGGUUCAGGGUACGCCGUGCUGGGUAUCAUGUAUGCUCCUAAGCUGCGUGUCAUACUCUUUAACCCGGAGAGUAACACCGCAGAGGCUUUCCGAGCAACUACUUUUGUGGCAAUGAAAAAGGCCGGGGUUGUUGUGUCUUCCAAUAGUGCAACACCUCCACGAAUAACGCCCGUGCCCUCCCCUGUGCCCUCAAGACGUAACUCUCCCGACGGUGGUGUAGUGUUAGAAGGAAGGACAUCAGCAGUUAGUAUUGGU